GUCCAUCUGUCUUGCCUUGGGAGUGUGUGUAGCUCAUGUGCAUUGAUCUGUUGCUUUCCUUUGCAAGCAAAUGACUCGACCAGCAUGCGCUAACCUUGGGAUUCUCGUUUAGUCUCUAAUAUGCUCAACAAACUGUCUGGACAGCCGGAAAGCUACGAGAAGAAAUCCCACUACAAAUUCGGAAGAACGCUCGGUGCUGGCACAUAUGGUAUUGUCCGGGAGGCGGAUAGCAGCAAAGGGAAAGUCGCGAUCAAGAUCAUCCUGAAGAAGAAUGUCCGAGGCAACGAGCGCAUGGUCUACGAUGAGCUGGAGAUGCUCCAGGCUCUGAACCACCCCAACAUCGUCCACUUUGUCGAUUGGUUCGAAUCAAAGGACAAGUUCUACAUCGUCACGCAACUGGCCACAGGUGGAGAGUUGUUCGAUCGCAUUUGCGAAUACGGAAAGUUCACAGAGAAGGAUGCGUCUCGAGUCAUCCGACAGGUGCUCGGUGCCGUACAUUACCUGCACGAGCGAAACAUUGUCCACAGAGAUCUGAAGCCCGAGAACCUUCUAUACCUCACCCGCGCCCCUGAUUCCCCCUUGGUUCUGGCCGACUUCGGUAUCGCCAAGAUGUUGGAUAGCCCCAGCGAAGUUCUCACCAGCAUGGCGGGAUCGUUCGGCUACGCUGCCCCCGAGGUGAUGUUGAAGAAGGGCCACGGCAAGGCCGUCGACAUGUGGUCCCUCGGAGUCAUCACCUACACCCUCCUCUGCGGCUACUCGCCCUUCCGGUCCGAGAACCUGACCGACCUGAUCGAGGAGUGCCGCUCGGGGCGGAUCAUCUUCCACGAGCGCUACUGGCGCGACGUCUCCCAGGACGCCAAGGACUUCAUCCUCACGAUGCUGCAGCCAGACCCGGUUAAGCGCGUCACGUCCGAGGACGCCCUGAAGCACCCCUGGCUGACCGGCGAGACCGCCAGCGACCGCGAUCUGCUGCCCGAGAUCCGCGCCUACAUCGCCCGGUCGCGUCUGCGCCGCGGCAUCGAGAUCAUCAAGCUGGCCAACCGCAUCGAGUCCCUCAAGAUGCAGGAGGACGACGACGAGGAUAUCCCCAGCGUCGUCGAGGUGGCGGGCGGCGAGGCCGACGCCGCGGCCCCCCACUCGACCGACCCGGCGGCCGCCUCCCCGAACGGCAAGUCCGCGCCUUCGUCCCCGGAAAGCGACGCCACGGGCCGCAAGAAGCGCAGCCUUAGCAAGGUCGCCCGCGGCGCGAUCUUCCGGGAGGUUGUCCUUGCCAAGGUGCGCGAGGCGAAGGAGACCGAGGAGCGCGAACGCGUGGAGCGGGAGGCUCGCGAGAAGACCUCUCAUGCUUGAUGUGGUGGUUGAGUCCUACGAAGUUUAGCGAAGUUUCCCGAUAGAGAGGGGCAGAGAGGGGGUGAGAUGUCUUUCCGACCCCUACUAUCUGUGUGCCACUUUUUGCUUUGGGGGUGGGGGGCAUUGGCUUCUAUUCCCGUUUUUCUUUUGGACACCAUGAACACACACCGUGGAGAAUGCUCCUUCUGCAAUUUUCUUUUCUUUUCAAAUGAUUCCCCGUCCAUAGUUUCCUUGUCUUCUAGUGGGUUAUGUCCAACUUUGUGAACGAGAAUCUGAUUUUGCAUCUGGCUGGUUACAUCGUACGGUU